UGUGAUAGAAGAUAAUGUCUUCAUCAACAAGGACAAAAUUACAGAAAAUGAAGUUGUCAAAACAGCUCCAGUUGAUGAAAUCAAGCAAUACUUGGACUGUCGAUAUGUCUCAGGAUGUGAAGCUUGCUGGAGAAUCUUCCACUUUGAUAUACAUUAUAGGAAUCCGUCAGUCAUGCGAUUGUUUUUCAAAGAUGAUAUUAAGAGAUUCUCAAAGUCUAACCGAGGCCAUCGAACAAGAAGGGGUCAAAGCCACUAUGUUCACCAAAUGGAUGGAAAUGAAUGUAGAAAACAAGGAGGCUAGAUCAUUGACAUAUGCAGAAUUCCCAACAAAAUUUGUUUGGAAUGGAAAAGAAUGGACUAAAAGAAAGAGAUGUCGAACAAUUGGAAGAAUUACAUAUACCCGUGUGCCCUGCUCUUCCUCUUCCCUAACCCUCUGCAACUUGACGAGCCCAAGCCACCGCCACCCAUCUCCGGCCGGGAACACCGGCAAAGCUUGGGGAUUUCUCCCUAUUUUCUUGUUCUUGAACCCAGAAAUUCCCCCCCCCUUCUACUGGAAAUUCCAGAUCUGCUUUGCUCUGUCUUCCUCGCCGGCUGCUCUUGCUUGUGGGUGUGAUUUUCGAUCUUUCUUGGUAAGAAGCAGCCAUGAAUUCACCUCUUUAGCUUUGAAUUGCCUUGGAUUUACCGUAAUUACUCUCGGUUCCUUCAAUUUUUGCAAGCCCCGUGAAUUGUCCCUGCAGAUUGCCGCCGGCUUCUACCCCUUACUAGGCCCAAUUUUGCAGCUGCUAAAUUCUGGUAUGAUGGCCACUUCUUUAAGCCCUAAAUUACCCAUUUAAUUGCUGGGUUUUGUCCAUUUAGUUAAUGCUUUGUGUUGUCAGAAAAUUUGUGGAAAUAAGAAGAAAUUUGGCAGCCAUUUAAGUAUGUAAUUUUAGCUUUAAUUCACGUAGAAAUGGCUUGAUUUGCUGCUGUGAAUUUUCUGGAGAGAAAAUCCCGCGUGUGUGAGUUGUGGGUUACCUAGGGCCAUGCUCUCCAUGUGCUGCCUGUGAGAUUGGGGAAAUUUUGGUAGCUUUAAGCUAUGUUUUUAAGUGUGGUUUAAGUGUAAAUUAACUUGAAGUGGGUUGUUGUGAUUUUGGAGAGAAAUCCCGUGAAUUAGCUAUGUUUUGCCAAUUUUGGAAGUUGAAGUUACUGUUUACGGUACUGUUUACGGUACUGUUCAUAGGUUCCUGAUCGUUCUAUCAGUUAGCACUGAGAUCGAGUCUUUGGUUUUAUGAGAGUGAGGAAGUGAAACCGAGGACAGGAAAGCCACGGGGAGUAACGAGUUAGAAGGCUAGCCAUUUUGUAAAGUGAAUAUAGAUUUGAGAUAUAGAUCAUGAUCUUGUAAACUAAAGUUUAAUCGGAGAU